AUGUGGCCGACCUUCAAGACCGAGCACCCCUUCAGGAAGACCGAAGUUCUUCCUAGGGACAUUAAGCUGGCCACAUUGGCAUUCGGGUUCACGUUUUGGCUGAAAUUCGCCGUUGCGGCAUGGAUCGGCAUGAUCAGUAUAUCGGUGUAUUGCAUUUGGUUACCCGCAAAGCUUCAGAUCUCGGAAACAUACAUCCGAUUGAACUGGUACUGGGAUCAUAUCGAGAAAAUACUUUACUUGCUCACCGAUGCGGCUUUAAACAUGCUAUUCAUUCGUCUGAUCCGACAGAGACUGUUGAAAAAGUUUGACAAACUCGUUGCAAUGAACUUGCGAAUGAUAUUUGUUUCACUUUCCAUGGAUAUCAUAAUCAUCGGGAUGCUUAGUUAUCGUAACGAACUAGUCUAUAUGCAGUUCCACCCGGUAGCAUUUAUGGUCAAGUUGGAGAUCGAAAUGUGCAUGUCUCGGCUCAUAGUCAAGGUAGCCAGAGGUACUGGGAUUGAUGUAAAGGACCAGAUAAUGUACCGAGAAAUGACCGAAGGUCCUGGAAAUGCAUCCGGGAGGGGUGUCAGUGUUCAUGUCACUACUCAAGUGAUCACUCGAACUGAUAACUCAGGGGCUGAUUACGAGUUUGACCGUGGUACCAGCAUAUCCAUUUUCGGUCAAUCUCACAGCGCAUUGCUCUCACAGGGAACAUUCGUGAUGCCGCCACGUUCUAAACGAAAAAGACCAGCAGCUCCCGCGCGCCUCACCCGGUCUAAAGCCCAGGCUCCUCAAACUCCUGAUGAACAAGCAGUUGCAGAACCCAGCAAAUCCACAAGCAAUGAGGAAGACUCAGUUCUGGAUCCAUCGGCUCGUCAGAGUAGGCCACGUUUGAUUAUGGUGGUUUUACCGGCUUCAAAAAGGCCUACCCCCAAGACGUCUUCAGCGCUUUCACCAGUCUCUCCUGAUCCAUCUAACACCAUGUCGCCGCUCCAGAUCUGCCCGAUUCAUCUCCCAUCCAAAUACCUCAACCCGCACGACAGUCGACCCCAAAAGUGCUGGGAAAGAGAAGUAGGCAGAAAACGGGUAUUGGCUCGCUCCCUCCUUCGUCGCCCCGCCAAUGUCGUCCCCAGCUCAAGAUCUCAAAUGGAAUCAUUCAUCCGGCCCUGCCUUUCGACUCCAACUCCUUCUCCCUCUAGCCGAGAUAACAUGCCAGAGCCUAUGCCCCCCUCUCCCCACCCAAGCUCCCCCUCCGCCGGUGUACAUCCUGAACUUGAGGUCGUGCACUCUGGUCGUUCGCAAACACCUGAAGAGGUUGAGAUAAACAAGCAUAAGCCACCAACAUCACCCGCACCAUAUUCAGACACAGUCUCUGCGGACGACCCCUUUGGUUUCCUGGCCGCAGAAACCCGUCUUCGGGAACGGCGUAUUCAGAUGGGAAUAGAUGAUAUAGAAAGUGGCCCCCAGAUGCCUUCUUCGGGUGGACCCGAGGCUUUCGAUCAGUCGGUCUAUGAAGAGGCUUUCGCAUCCAUAUUCUACGAUCCCCAAACGGGAACGGUUCCACUUCCCAGCGAAGCAGAAUCACGAAGAACACGGCUCAAACGCAAGCAUACCAUGGAAGUCGUCAUACCUACGAAUACCAGGGGAAAGGAGAAACCUAAACAAGACGAAUCGAUGAAAGAUGCGUCAAACGACCCCUCACCAAAGUCCAAGCCCUCCAAAAGGACCCAAAAGGGAAAGGAGAAAGCCAAGGAGCCUGUUCUUACCACUUAUGAGCUGGAAGCUAUGCUACCCCAUCGUAUUAAACGAGUACGAAAACCACGGACCAAAGACGAGGAGAACAUCACUCUCAGUGAUGUCGACUCGGAGGAACCGAGCUCUCCAAAGAAAUCCAGGGCGGCGUCCACAAGGAAAAAGGCUGGCCAAAGUGUUGCGAUAACAACCAAAAAAGGCUCAAAAGCUCCAAACCAUAAAUAUUCUAAGGCUGAGAAGCCUACAGGUCGACAGUCUAAACGAAUUCGGGGCGGCGAAAUGGCUGACACAGACGAGACACGCAAGCGAUUCGAAAUUGAACGUAAACGCCGCUUGGAAGCAUACAAGGCACUCGACACAUAUACACUUGAAGAAGAGGAAGUGGUUUGGUAA